AUGACGCAUGCGCCGCGUGUUUCCGUAGAAACACAAAAAAUUCCAAUCAUCUUAAAGGCGACUAAUUGGAAAUUCUGAAAACACGACACCUUUAAGUUACUAAUAAUUUUUCGUAAGAAGCGAAUUUGUCGUUGAUUAGUCGCGUUUCUUUGUAAAACCACGUGGGGGGCAAGGGACGUUUUGUCGAUACUCGAUUACGUCACGUUGCCUAGCAACCGUGACAACUUAUGCGGCGAGAUGAAGCAGCACUUUUGUUACACGUAGCGUAAUAAAAACGAAAACGAGGGAUGGCAGAGGAACAGGACACUCUCGAAUACUACAUUAGGUUCCCCAGUCCCUCCCAGCAAAGCGCGAACUUUUCCCAGGAGAAAACCCCGAUCGUAAUCCUCUUCGGCUGGGCCGGAUGUCAGGACCGCUACUUGAGGAAGUACUCGCAGCUCUACGAGGAAUGGGGCCUGAUCACCCUGCGGUACUGCGCGCCCGUCAAGUUCAUACUGUGGAAACGGAACGAGCUGCGAAAGAUCGGGGAACGUAUCGUCAAAUUACUGGUCGACAUGAACUUCGAAAGUCACCCCGUGGUAGUCCAUUGCUUCUCGAACGGGGGCGCCUUCCUCUACCACAACUUCGUGCUGGCGCUUCGGCACGCCCCGAAACCGAUCAAAGUUAAAGGUGUGAUAUUCGACUCGGGCCCCGGACCGAGACGUUUCGUCAGCCUCUACCGCGCGAUCUCCGCAAUAAUCAGCGGCAACGUAAUUUACAACUUCGUAAUCGCCGCCCUGCUCACGUCGUUUUUAAUCGUCGUAUGGGAGUGUGAAGUAAGUGGAACGCUAAGAAAUUCGUGCCGACACCCCGUUUUUCAGAUAUUGAAAAGUUACUUCGUCAACGACGACUACCAGUCCGAUCCGAUCGAGUAUCUGAAGAUCGAGGACAACAAGUGCCCCCAGUAUUUUAUUUAUUCGAAAGCCGAUAAACUAAUAUUUUACGAGGACGUGGAAAAUUUUAUUAAUAUUCGAAGGAAUAACGGAGUAGACGUUUCAGUAUUAACUUUCGAUGACAGUCCACACGUGAAACAUUAUGCACAUUAUAAGAACGAAUACAGCGAAGGCGUCAAUAACUUUUUAGUGGGCUGUUUGAAGAAUUAGCGGGUGAUGGAAGGGGGGAGCACAAUUAGUAGUUUAAUGAGUAGACAUUCCGUUUUAAAUGCUUUCACAGAUACAGAGCUGUAGAUUAUUUAUUGUUAAUUUAUUUAAAUAAAUUGUUAUAAUAGUU